AUGUAUCAGAUCGAUAUUUCUCACACUGGAAGUUCUUUGUCUGCAUUUUUCUUUUCCUGCACCUGUUUUCUUGCGUUACACUGUUUGUGUUUUAUUUAUUUAUUUCAUUACAUUAUUACUUUUUUUUUGUUUACUUUUUAUCUUUUAUUUUGCCUUGUCCAUUUUCAUACUUUCUUUCUUUCUUUCUUUCUUUCUUUUCUCCUCGCGCUCUUUCGUCCUUUUUUCAUUCUUACAUCUUCUCAUUUUCUAUUUUCACACUUUUCUUCGUGUUUCUCCAUUUUCUCUCAUUCCUUAUCCCCCCCUUCUGUUUCCUCGUUUAUCAUUUUUCCAUCUUUCUUUUUGCUUUUCUUUUUAUACUAUUUCUUUUCCCUUUAUCUCAUUCUUCACGAACCAUUUCGUUUUAUCAAGUUGCACAGUCUUUUGCUUUCGUUUUUCCUACUUUCUUUAUUUUUCUUCUUUCUUUCUUUCUUUCUUUCUUUCUUUCUUUUUCUCUUUCUUUCUUUCUUUUUCUCUUUCUUUCUUUCUUUUUCUCUUUCCUUCUUUCUUUUUCUCUUUCCUUCUUUCUUUCUUUUUCUCUUUCUUUUUCUCUUUCACAUUCUUUCACUAUUUCCUCCACUUUUUCUUUUUUUUUCUUUGAUUCUCUUUUUCUUCUUUCAUUUCUCGCUUUACAAUGUUUCUUUCCGUUCUUUGUUUGCAUUCUUUCUUUACACUAUUUUCCCAUCAUUUGAUUUUCAUUUAUUUCUUUCAAUGCUAUCUUCUUCUUCCGUUUAUUCUGUUUAUAUUCUUUCUUUCAUUAUUUCUCAAAAGAGAACAAGUCGAUUAUAUCUAUCUAUCUAUCUAUCUAUCUAUCUAUCUAUCUAUCUAUCUAUCUAUCUAUCUAUCUAUCUAUCUAUCUAUCUAUCUCUGUUCUUAGGUAUCUAUCUAUCUCAUUCUGUUCUUAGCUAUCUAUCUAUUUAA